GUGACAUUCAUCAACCGGUGACUAUUUUCUACCAACCACAAAGACAUCGGCACCCUCUACCUAAUCUUCGGCGCAUGAGCCGGAAUGGUAGGAACCGCCCUAAGCCUCCUCAUCCGUGCAGAACUGGGCCAACCCGGCGCUCUCCUGGGGGACGACCAGAUCUAUAACGUAGUCGUUACAGCCCAUGCCUUCGUAAUAAUCUUCUUCAUGGUCAUGCCAAUUAUAAUCGGAGGAUUUGGAAACUGACUAGUUCCCCUAAUAAUUGGAGCCCCUGACAUAGCAUUCCCCCGAAUAAACAACAUAAGCUUCUGACUUCUACCCCCCUCCUUCCUACUUCUGCUAGCCUCCUCUACAGUAGAAGCAGGAGCAGGAACAGGAUGAACAGUCUACCCACCCCUGGCCGGCAACCUAGCCCACGCCGGAGCAUCAGUAGACCUAGCCAUCUUCUCCCUACACCUGGCAGGUAUCUCAUCAAUCCUGGGGGCAAUCAACUUCAUCACAACCGCAAUCAACAUGAAACCACCUGCCCUCUCACAAUACCAAACCCCCCUGUUCGUCUGAUCCGUACUAAUUACUGCAGUUCUCCUCCUACUCUCACUCCCAGUCCUUGCCGCUGGUAUCACCAUGCUCCUCACCGACCGUAACCUCAACACCACCUUCUUCGACCCUGCAGGAGGAGGGGACCCGGUGCUCUACCAACACCUCUUCUGAUUCUUCGGACACCCAGAAGUCUACAUCCUAAUCCUGCCCGGAUUCGGUAUCAUCUCCCACGUCGUAGCAUACUACGCAGGGAAAAAAGAACCAUUCGGCUACAUAGGAAUAGUAUGAGCCAUGCUCUCUAUCGGGUUCCUAGGGUUCAUCGUCUGAGCCCACCACAUGUUUACAGUAGGCAUGGACGUAGACACCCGGGCCUACUUCACGUCUGCCACCAUAAUCAUCGCCAUCCCUACCGGCAUCAAAGUCUUCAGCUGACUAGCCACACUGCACGGAGGAACAAUCAAAUGGGACCCUCCCAUGCUCUGAGCACUAGGCUUUAUCUUCCUAUUCACCAUCGGAGGCCUAACAGGAAUCGUCCUAGCAAACUCCUCCCUGGACAUCGCCCUACAUGAUACCUACUACGUCGUAGCCCACUUCCACUACGUAUUAUCAAUAGGAGCAGUAUUCGCAAUCCUAGCAGGUUUCACACACUGAUUCCCCCUAUUCACCGGAUACACCCUCCACUCUACAUGAGCCAAAGCUCACUUCGGGGUAAUAUUCGUGGGCGUAAACCUAACCUUCUUCCCACAACACUUCUUAGGCCUGGCCGGCAUGCCACGACGAUACUCAGACUACCCAGACGCCUACACACUAUGAAACACCAUCUCCUCAGUAGGCUCACUAAUCUCCCUAACAGCCGUAAUCAUGUUAGUGUUCAUCAUCUGAGAAGCCUUCGCCUCCAAACGCAAAGCACUCCGAUCCGAAAUAGCAAGCACAAACAUCGAAUGAAUCCACGGCUGCCCUCCCCCAUUCCACACAUUCGAAGAACCUGCCUUCGUCCAAGUCCAAGAAAGG